AUGCUACAGCAAAGAUUAGCUCGCUCUCUGCAAAUUGCAUCGCGACGCUCUCCGGCGCAAGCCCUGCGAACACUCAACUUUGCGACUCCCGCCUCCCGCCUCCGACUUGCGCCUGCGGCAUCGCAAAGAUGGUAUUCUGAGAAUACCGCUGCAAAGGAGGAGGCCUCAAAAGAGCAAGCAGAGACCAAAGAGGCACCCAAGCAGGAUGCCGCUCCCGAGGAUCCACUCAAGGCGGAGUUGGAGACCAAGAAGGAACAGAACAAGGACUUGACCGACCGACUAAAACGGCAGAUUGCGGAAUACAGAAACUUGCAAGAGCAGACGAAGCGCGAGGUGGCAGCGGCACGUGAAUUCUCCCUGCAACGGUUUGCAAAGGAUUUGCUUGACAGCAUUGACAACCUCGAUCGUGCUCUGGAUGCCGUUCCUGUUGAGAAGCUCACUGCGGAUAAUCAGGAUUUGGUGAACUUGCACAGUGGAUUGAAGAUGACGGAGGAAAUUCUGUCAACGACCUUGAAGAAGCACGGCAUGGAGAAGUUUGAUCCAACGGGAGAGAAGUUUGACCCGAACAAGCACGAGGCCACAUUCCAGGUCCCUAUGCCAGACAAGGAGGAUGGCUCGGUAUUCCAUGUGCAGUCAAAGGGAUUCCUGUACAAUGGACGGGUUUUGCGGGCCGCCAAGGUCGGUGUUGUCAAGAACUCCUGA